ACCCUCUCCUUCCUCUGACUUCGGUCUUUCUUUUUCACUCAUGUUGUUGGAGUUAUCAGACACAGGAACGGGGACAGAGGAGAAAACGUGGACGGAGCACUUUACCUUCAUUGCCCGAUGCUUAAUUUAACCGCGCUGACAGUGAGUUAGUUAACACAAACAACAGAGUUCAAAAGAUAUAAUUAUAAAAUGACGGAACAGUCCUCGUUGUUACUGCGUAAACAACUAGCAGAGCUCAACAAGAACCCAGUGGAGGGCUUUUCUGCGGGUCUUGUAGAUGAUGAUGACAUCUAUCAGUGGGAGGUGGUCGUGAUCGGACCUCAGGACACAUUAUUUGAGGGAGGUUUCUUCAAAGCCACCCUAACUUUUCCCCGUGACUAUCCUUUGAGGCCUCCCAAGAUGAAGUUCAUCACAGAAAUCUGGCAUCCAAAUGUGGCAAAAAAUGGCGAUGUUUGCAUCUCUAUCCUGCACGAACCUGGCGAGGACAAGUAUGGCUACGAGAAGCCUGAGGAGCGUUGGCUUCCAAUCCAUACAGUGGAGACCAUAAUGAUCAGUGUUAUAUCCAUGUUGGCAGACCCCAAUGGAGACUCUCCUGCCAAUGUGGAUGCAGCUAAAGAGUGGAGGGAGGAUCCUAUGGGAGUUUUUAAGAAAAAGGUGGCCCGAUGUGUGCGGAAGAGUCAAGAGAUGGCGUUUGACUAAAGCCUCACUCCAGUCAUCAACACAGUUGGAGCUUCACAGGGGAUUUGACAACUCGAUACACUUAAGUCAGUUAGAUGACUAUGGGGCAAAAUUUUAUCAACAUCAAAUUGUCACCCAAAGAAGAAAAAGACUCAAAGGAAAAAAAAAAAGGUUAUAAACUCAUGAAUACUUAAGUAACAUCAGCUGUGCUUUUUUUUUUUUCUGAGCAGUCACAUUUUACUCUACAAAUUUGUGUCUUCCUGUUUUGAGAGUUGUUAUUUAUGAAUAUUGUUGAAUGGCAGCGACAUUCUGCACAUACUGCCAGAAGUUCCCAUUUUACUUUUCAAUUUUCCACCCUCAGAUGGACAGUCUUUCUGUUCAUGCAUCAGUAUUUCACUCACAGGAAGAUGAAUUAUGCAACCUAUCCCUUUUUUGUUAUGUGCAUAUGUUUUUUGGGGGGG